CAAAGCCAGCCUCAUUUGGCCCAGCCAGCAUCACGCAUGGCCUGUUACCAUAGAAACACUGUUGUUUAGUGUAGCUGGUUAGCUAGCAACAUUUUCGCGUAGGAAUUUGUAAUCCAUGACAAAUUAUGUGUGUAGGAGUUGAACAAAUUGCUGCAUCGCUUGUGCGGGAAUUUCUCUGUCGGAAGGUCGCUUACAGAGGUUGUCUGUCCAUCACAUUGUACAUUAUCAUCAUUUGAAGCAUCAGAUACUCACCCCACAAUUACCCAGAGGAGUAUCUGGAGCCAUAAACGUAGCCAGAGCCAGCAGCACCAACAGCCUCUACAUUCCUUCCUAGAUAAUGACAUCUCCACUAAGAGGGAAUCCCUUUCAGACAAAAAUACUGUUGUCACCUCAGAGAGUACUCAUAAGAAGAAAACAAGCAAGGCACGAUUGCAGGUCCCAUAGCUAGUUCUUCCCAGGAAUCCAAUAGAUAAUGCCAGACUCAACACCCUAAUCUUUUUCUGGUAAAUGACGAAGACAGCAAAAACAGCAGAGAUGGGGCUCCAUUGCUUGUCCAGUCACAGAGAAUGGUUACGGGGCUGACCGAGCUCUCCCCUGCUGAGAGAAAGCCAACAGCCACGUAGCACACCGGGGAAAGGAAGUGAUGAAGAUGGACAUGGGUUUGAGAGAGUAGGAAAAAAACAAAUCAAUGACCAAUCAAAAUUAUGAUCUGCACAUCUCGGAGAAGAUUUUGGACAUUGAUGAUGAUGAGGACGAGUCGAGUGAGCUCUCCAGUGUCCUUCCACUCCUCCAGUUUGUCUCAGCCCAGUUCUGAUAGUCAACCCAUGAGCUCAUUCUUGGAUCUAGCAGCAGUUUUUUGCAGUGCCGAGUGGAGAUGUCAGAGUUUCACAUUCUCAGAUACACCGGAUCUGGGAUAUGGGAUUGUACAGAAGAAGGAGCUUGCCAAUUUAUUGCGGUGUGGACGGGCUGUAUUGAAUGUCUUCAACAACCACAAGGAGCUGGAUUCAGGCACUGGAAACCUGAACGUCUCAAGGGAACAAGAGGCUGGUUCCAACCUGAAGACUCCCAAGUUCCCUCUCUGGGUGGUGUGCAUCGAGAGCCAUUUCAGCGUGCUCUUUGGUGUGCAGGAGGAUCUGUUGAGUGACCAGUGUGGGCUCUGGGAGUUUGACCUAUACUACUACGAUGGCCUAGCCAAUCAGCAGGAGGAAAUCUGCCUCACUCUGGAGGUACCACAGGAAUAUCUGCCGGCUGCCAAGAUAUCAACACUGAUCUCAUUCCUCCUCUUGAACACUGUAUACGGACAAAGGUUCACAGUUCUGGGAUGUAAUGCAGGCAGGGAGGGGGUGGCAAGAAGGAUCCCUAUGCCAACACCUCAAGCACCAAGGAUCAAAGACACUGCAACUGGCACUAAGAUAGAGAGCGAUGUCGUCUUCAUUUUCUGUGAGACCCACUUAUAUCUACAGUCAGUUGAAGUUGGAAGUUUACAUACACCUUAGCCGAAUACAUUUAAACUCAGUUUUUCACAAUUCCUGACAUUUAAUCCCAGUAACAAUUCCCUGUUUUAGGUCAGUUAGGAUCACCACUUUAUUUUAAGAAUGUGAAAUGUCAGAAUAAUAGUAGAGAGAAUGAUUUAUUUCAGCUUUUAUUUCUUUCAUCACAUUCCCAGUGGGUCAGAAGUUUACAUACACUCAAUUAGUAUUUGGUAGCUUUGCCUUUAAAUUGUUUAACUUGGGUCAAAUGUUUCGGGUAGCCUUCCACAAGCUUCCCACAAUAAGUUGGGUGAAUUCUGGCCCAUUCCUCCUGACAGAGUUGGAGUAACUCAGUCAGGUUUGUAGGCCUACUUGCUCGCACACGCUUUUUCAGUUCUGCCCACAAAUUUUCUAUAGAAUUGAGGUCAGGGCUUUGUGAUGGCCACUCCAAAACCUUGACUUUGUUGUCCUUAAGCCAUUUUGCAACAACUUUGGAGGUAUGCUUGGGGCCAUUGUCCAUUUGGAAGACCCAUUAGCUUUAACUUCCUGACUGAUGUCUUGAGAUGUUGCUUCAAUAUAUCCACAUCAUUUUCCUCCCUCAUGAUGCCAUCUUUUGUGAAGUGCACCAGUCCCUCCUGCAGCAAAGCACCCCCACAACAUGAUGCUGCCACCCCUGUGCUUCACGGUUGGGGUGGUGUUCUUCGGCUUGCAAGCCUCCCCCUUUUUCCUCCAAACAUAACGAUGGUCAUUAUGGCCAAACAGUUCUAUUUUUGUUUCAUCAGACCAGAGGACAUUUCUCCAAAAACUACGAUCUUUGUCCCCAUGUGCAGUUGCAAACCGUAGUCUGGCUUUUUUAUGUUGGUUUUGGCGCAGUGGCUUCUUCCUUGCUGAGCGGCCUUUCAGGUUAUGUCGAUAUAGGACUCGUUUUACUGUAGAUAUAGAUACUUUUGUAUCUGUUUCCUCCAGCAUCUUCACAAGGUCCUUUGCUGUUGUUGUGGGAUUCAUUUGCACUUUUCGCACAAAGUACGUUCAUCUCUAGGAGACAUACAGCGUCUCCUUCCUGAGCGGUAUGACGGCUGCGUGGUCCCAUGGUGUUUAUACUUGCGUACUAUUGUUUGUACAGAUGAACGUGGUACCUUCAGGCAUUUGGAAAUUGCUCCCAAGAAUGAACCACACUUGUGGAGGUCUUGGCUGAUUUCUUUUGAUUUUCCCAUGAUGUCAAGCAAAGAGGCAAUGAGUUUGAAGGUAGGCCUUGAAAUUCAUAAACAAUUGUUGGAAAAAUAACUUGUCAUGCACAAAGUAGAUGUCGUAACCGACUUGCCAAAACAAUAGCUUGUUAACAAGAAAUUUGUGGAGUGGUUGAAAAACAAGUUUUAAUGACUCCAACCCAAGUGUAUGUAAACUUCCGACUUCAACUGUAUUAUGCUGCAUCCCUGGGCUCCUGUCCUUUAAGAACCCAACAGACCGUUGUGUUAUCAGAGUAGCCAUUUUGAGUGGAAGGGUCAAUACCGUGCCAAAACACUCUUGGCAAUGGAAGUGGGUGGAACAGGAAGGCAUUUCUUGACUAUGCCAGUCAAAUUAUUAAGUAUCUGAUUUUAGCUCUCUAAAAUGUAGUCAUUUUACUUCUUUGCUCACUUGCAGCUGGUAUAUAGAAAGACCUACUGUGUGCAGAGCCGUGGUCGAGUGGUAAAACUCCUGGCCAGUACAUAUACAGUGCCUUCAGAAACUAUUCAUACCCCUUGACAUAUUCCACAUUUUGUUGUGUUUCAGGCCGGAUUAAAUUCGGAUUAAAUCGAUUUUUUCUUUACCAAUCUUCACACAAUAUCCCAUAAUGACAAAGUGAAAACAUGUUUUUUGAAAUGUUUGCACAUUUAUUGAAAAUGAAAUACAGAAAUAUCUAAUUUACAUACACUACUAAUUCAAGAGUUUUAAUUUUAUUUUUAAGAGUGUGAGAGUGUGCAAAGCUGUCAUCAAGGCAAAGGGUGGCUAUUUGAAGAAUCUCAAAUAUAAAAUAUAUUUUGAUUUGUUUAACACUA